ACAAUCCAAAGGUUUCCUCCUCCUUACGCUUGCAAGCACAAUUAGUCGGGAGUGCUCUACCUGUCCCUGCUGUGCAUUGGACGUCUGCAUGGACGUGCAGGAGUGAGGCUUCCGGACUGUCUGUUUCUGUUCAUUUGGGCACACGGGUGGACGAUUCCGCAGGUUUCUUUCUGGGUCUUGAUUGCGACGCUUCUUUAUCCUGUCUAUUUUGUGGGCUUCCUUCUGACGAACGACAAUGACUGGUCCAAAACUCCCUGCGGUUCGACUUCCAGCGCUAGGUGGUGAAAGGGAGGGUAUAACGCAGGAUGUUGUGGUCGAGCUGCCUCCGUCGAGCAACAAGUUCAGUUUCGCCUGGCCGGCUGAAGGCACUCCAAUGGCACCCCCUCCCCCUAGCGACCGUACAAUGAGUCUGAGCUCUUCGGAUUACGAAUCGGAGCUGUCGGAGGAAGAGGCAUUACCCCAGGUAUGCGGUUCGCAGACGCAGGUGGCGGAAAGUGGCCACGACACUACGCCCAAGAGCCGCCUCAACCUGGACCAGAAUCCAAUCGAGCAAUACGUGCAACCGGCACCAACACCCCCUCGUCUCUCUCGUGCCUUCUCUAUGCCCCUCCCUCAUCAGCUGAGUUAUCUUCAGAACCCGCGGCGGUCGCCUUCUGUCUCGGGAACUCAAGUGUCUGAGCCAGACGAGCCACCUCCGGAAUCCUCCCGAUUUCAUGAACUCUCCUUGGAAUUGGCAGACUCAGUACAAAUGGUCAUCCAAACUCUUCUUCAGCUGUCCCCACCUCAGGUCCUGGAUCCCGCCAAAGAACAAUUCUCGGCAUGCUCAUUAUCUAUCCCGACUCCUUCGGUAUCUGCCAUGUUCACCUCUAUGAAGAACCUUAACUAUAUGUCUGCAAAUAUGACCGCCUUCAGUUCAGAUCCGUCAGAUCCACGAGCGUCUCCUCCCCCUGGAACCUUGCGGUCAGUACACGACGACUUUGACGUGGGUGAGAUGCUCCAGAGUGUGGGCGACGCCUUGAGUGGCGUAGCUGCCCAGGCCGGAGUGGAUCUCGUUCUCUUCCACCACGACGUGGGCUUAAAGCAUGUCGCAGUCAAGGGUGAUGAAUGUGGUGUCUCUUAUGCCCUCUCGCACAUUAUUCGUCAAGUCAUUAGUACAGCGAAACGCGGUGAUACCAUUGAGAUUGGUCUUUCUGUCAGAAUGCACGUGCCCAAGUCGGCAGAGCCCCCCCUUCCGACCGAUGCAACAGAAGGGGACGUCGAGGAGGACACUUUGCCCGUCGUCGACCUGGAUGCACCCAUCCGAUGUGUUUUUGAAGUCUUCCACAAGUUCUCCCGCACUCCUCCUAUCACCACUUCGCCCGAUAACGAGCCUCUGUCGCCCCCAUCGCGUCCUCGACCUCAGUUAAAUAGUUUGUUACUGAAGCGGUUACUCCGCCACAUAGGUGCUUCCUUGGAUGUUGACCUGCCGACAAGAAAUCACAAACCAGGUCGUACUUGCCAAUUGACGAUGUGCCUGGAACGAGGGGAUCCUUCAGCGGUCAACCCCGCCGUCAAUGUCGGUUCUGAAGAAGCUGGAUAUUUCUUAAUGCCAGAGAUCCGAUUAGCUAAUGAGCCGACGCUGGAGGAAUUGCUACAAUUCGUCGAAACGUUACGGGGGAAGAAAGUGGACCUGUACGCUAGCGCCAAAGGUUCAUUUGCGCAUCAUCUCACCAGCUACCUGACGGCAUGGGGGCUGGAUGUGCGUCACGUUUCUCCUGCCGAAGGCCCGGAAGAUCAAGGCGAGGGCUCGCCUGAGGAGCCUACUAUUCCGCUGCAAUCGUCUCCAAGGGAUGAUCGUCACAGUCCCAUUUUACCCGCUCAGAUGAGCAGCAGUUCAGAGUUCAAAGCACAAGGAAACCCAGAUGGACCUUCGUCCUCGCCUCCGGGUAGUUCACAAGCGCUGUCUUUCAUCUUCAUUGAUGACGACGUGUCUGUCCUGCGAGAACGGCUGAAGAAGUUGCGAGCCGAGCAGCCACAACCUCCAAACCAUACAUUGGGUGGGCGAAAGCGGCCGUCACUGGCUGCAUUCCAUCGUCCUCGUUCGUCGCCGCAUGUAGCCAGGACUAUGGGUUUCCAGAACGCACUGCCUCUUCCACCCCCUGUAGUGAUCGUCCAUUUCACUAGUUUGUCAAAUUUCAAACUCGUGAAGGAUGCCAUUCACUCCUUGCUUGCGCCACCAAACGGUCCUUUUAUUCGACCACCCGAAGUCAUCGUGAUUCCCAAGCCCGCAGGUCCCCGGCGUUUUCUGACAGCACUACACACCGCCGUUACUAAACCCGUGGUGGAUCCCUUCUUUUCUCCAAUAGCGACUUCACCCAUCAGCCCUGGUUUGAAUAUCAGUCACCCAUUCUUCCAGCACUUUGAUAGAAGUCCUAGGUCGCCUCUGUCUCGUCCGGCGCGUACUGGAACGGAUCGCGGGAAUCGUUCGCCAAAAGAUGACUCAGUGCACACUCUCAAUCUCCCACCCCCUUCCCCGUUGGGUAUGUCGGAUGGCAUGGAGUAUUUCUCUGAGGCCGCUGUAGAGGCCGGUAUGAAGUUGGGACACUCACCUUCAUCUGGCCUUGUAAUUCAGAGUCCAGAUGGUUCCCCUGCCGGAAUCUUCUUCCACCCUGGUGCAGCCAAACCUCCCAAAGGCUCGACUCAGAGUGUGCGCAUGGAGCGGAAUCCGGCAGAACUUGGCGUUAGUCGUAGAGGUAGUACCCCCAGAAAGGCGUCGGAUGAAUUUCGCCACGGACAACGCGACCCAGGCACCGCACCCUUCUUAUCCUCCACAGCAUCCGUCAUCCGUCGACCAUCAGGCUUGCCAGGUGGUUUGGACGGUAGUCUGGCUUCGCCCAGGUCUGACCCUGGUCAUGUAUCGCCGCAGGUCAUCACGCCGAUCGAGUCACCGGGACAGGGUACUCCCCAUGUGGCCUCUCGUCAAGGCAGCCAGGGCGAUAUCUCGGCAAGAAGUGGUCAGGCUGGUCCAGCUUCCCCUCGACCUAGUCCUGGUGGAGCGGGUGCUGUGCAUAAGAGACCUCUCCGGCGUCCCACUGUCAACCGCAAAUCCACGGGAAUUUCUAACGCCAAGAAACCCGUUGAUCCUAGCAUUGUACCUCCCAUUAGCGUGCUCAUAGUUGAUGAUAACCCCAUCAACCAAACUAUCCUUUCCACGUUCAUGAGGAAAAAGAAGAUCAAGUAUGACGUUGCCAAAAACGGUGAGGAAGCGGUUGAAAAGUGGAGGAGCGGUGGUUUCCAUUUGAUUCUGAUGGAUAUCCAAAUGCCUGUGAUGGAUGGAAUUCAAGCGACGAAGGAGAUUAGGCGAAUAGAGAAGAUGAGCGGAUCCCAGGGUUUUCCCACUCCCCAGUCGGAGGGCGCUGAUACUCCCUCGGAUUCUUCCAACAAUUCAGCCACCACUCCCUAUCGGUCUUCCGUUAUUAUCGUGGCCUUAACGGCAUCAUCGCUGCAGAGCGAUCGUGUGGCGGCCCUGGCCGCUGGGUGCAACGAUUUCUUGACCAAGCCGGUGUCUUUGCAGUGGCUCAAUAACAAGAUUAUCGAGUGGGGCUCAAUCAAGGCACUACAGAUGUGGGCCGAUCUCCGACCUGAGGUCGUGAAGAGUAUAUCGAGUGGCCAGGCUGCACAGGCUCAGAGCGUCGCCCAAAGACUCCACGUUCCGGAAGGUCGCAGUCCCUCGGGGUCCCCUAGUAGGUCAUCGUCUUUACGACGUAAGGCGCGAAGCGUGGAGAAUUCUGAGACAACGACUCCCAAACCUCGACCUGCCCCAUCUCCCAUUGCGCACGACUCUCCGGAGGCUUCAUCCUCCGGGUCAACGGCUACGGUCUCGUCGGAUAGGCCCGCGGGCACAGGAACUCCGUCAAUACCGGAGUUUACCAAAGACUUACCGGAUGGGCAACCCGCAAUGGCUCCUCGUGACUCUGGUGGUGUACCGGCAGAUCCAUUGUUAAAUAAGGAUGGCAGCGGUAUCGCGAGUGAUGCGGUUUCCGAGGAUGUUGACGAAGUAAUACCUAAGGUCAAGUCAUCCGUUCCGGAUACUGGGGACGAGAUAACGCCGAAGGCGAAACCGCUACCCCGAACAGGGUCCACUGACGUGGCCGCAAUCUUCGAACCCCUUCCAGAGGCGAAAGUCGAGGAUAGUCCUCCGGCUGUUCCCGAUCCGCCUACCGAAGGUGAAGUCACUGUUCUCCCUGGCCAUUUAGAUGAACCUACCCCGCUCACCGAACAUUCCGAAAAGCCUCUCGAUGGACAGGCAUCCCACGCCAACAAUCCCGUGGUACACGAUACAACGCAAUGACGGUUUUGGGCGACUUUCGGGUUUGUCGUAUGGCUUGCCUUGCCUCUUCUCACACCAUACCUGCCGAGAGUCGCCGAGUACCUUUGCAAGUUCCUAUGAUAGUCUUGGUUCUGAUUGAGGUUUGCGUCUGCACUUCAUAUUUCGGGUCUUAUGGGGAUUGGCAGCUGCGCUCGUUCGUUGUUUGAAUUGAUCUGUGUUUAUGCGCUCACCCUCUGUACCAAACAUGCCGCCAUCUAAUGCAGCCGGUCCUAUACCUACACGAGCAGACCGGCUGCCGCAUUCCUGUAUAACGUACCUCGCAUCAUCUAGCAAUAUUUCACGAACACGAGACGACCUACUAUAGAACAGGGACAUUGUGCGAAGCUAGGGGCCUGUAGAGUACUACAAUUGCAUCACAUAUGAGGA